AUGUUGAGGUGCGCCGUCGCGUUGCUCGCGACCGUGAUGUCCGUGUCCGUCCUGCACCACGCCGGGGCGCACCGGUCGCUUGCCGUCAGGUUGCCCCCGGCGACGACGCUGCAGAGGACCGACACAUGGCCGCCGACUCCUCAGGCCAAGCGCGCCAACCUCACCGCGAUCCUCACCCUCGACGGGCCGUUCCGCACCUUCCUCGGGUACCUGCAGCAGACCAACCUCGUGGAGGUGUUCCAGAACCAGGCGUACCGGACUGACCAGGGCAUCACCGUCUUCGUCCCCGUCGACAGGGCCUUCGCCGCCGUCAAGCCGUCGGUGCUGUCGGGUCUGUCCAGGCACCAGCUCAAGGACCUGAUGAUGUGCCACUCGCUCGCCAAGCACUACGAGCUCGCGGACUUCGAGGGGCUGAGCCGGAUCGGGCCGGUGACGACGCUCGCCGGCGGUCUGUACACGGUGAACGUGACCUACGACGCGGGCACCGUCCACGUGCGGUCCAGGUGGGCCGACGCCAAGGUCGUCGGGAGCGUGUCCGUGGACGCGCCCAUGGCGAUUUACGAGCUCGACCGGGUGCUGCUCCCGGACUCGCUCUUCCGCGCCCAGCCGCCGGUCGCGGCCAUCCCGGACGUGCCGCCGGCGCCUCCUCCGACCAAGGAGGACGCCGAGGCGCCUGCGACUGAACCGGAUCCCGUCGCGCCGAUGCAAUACGAUCCGGCGGGAGCGGCGGACGCCGCGACCUCGGCGUGCGGAGCCCGCGAUCGGUUCGCGCGCCAUGCGGCCACCGCGGCUCUCGGUGCAAUGGCGCUGGUCGCGUUGUGA